GAAGAAGUUUGGCCCAGUUCGCGUGCCAUUACGGCUGCGCGUCACGCUGAGGAUUGUGGGAGUUGGGGGCCUACGUGUGGCUCGGAGAAGUCUCGGAAUUGUGUCUGGUUUCUUCAAGUAUUUGCCCAGUCAGACAUUUAAAAAUGGCAUCCAAACAAGAAAUAAUGAGUGACCAGCGGUUUAGGCGGGUUGCAAAGGACCCGAGAUUUUGGGAAAUGCCAGAAAAGGAUCGAAAAAUCAAAAUUGACAAGAGAUUUCGAGCAAUGUUUCAUGACAAAAAGUUCAAAUUGAAUUAUGCUGUGGAUAAAAGAGGACGCCCCAUCAACCAUAGCACUACAGAGGACUUGAAGCGUUUUUACGACCUUUCAGAUUCUGAUUCGGAUCUCUCUGAUGAAGAUAAUAAAGCUUUGAACCAAAAGAAACUGAAGAAGAAAAAACCCCAGACUAAAAACGAAAAAGAAUCAAAAAAUCUUGUUGAGGAGAAAAAGAAAGAAGCCAAGAAAAUUAAUCAAAAGGAUUCUGGAAAUAAGAAUGAUUUAGAUAACUCCGAGAGAAUUCAGAAAAUGAAAACCUCGUGCAAAUCUAAGAAGAUAGAGUCAACAAGUCCCAAGAGCGAUAGCAAAGAAUUUAUACAAAAAAGUACAAAAGGGAAAAAAAACGUUGUUCAACAUAAUACAGACUUGUUUCCCAAAGGAAAAUUAAGAACAGUAGACUCAGGCACCUCUGAAAUUGCACAGUCUCCCAAAGUCAAGUAUUCUGAGACAGGAAGAGAAAUGCAAUCAGUGGUUCCAUUCAUAAUGGCAAGAGACAGUGAUGGUCAUGAAAACUCAGCAAGUGGUAAAAUGUUUGACAAAGAAGCUCUGGAGGAAGAUUCAGAAAGUGCUAGUGAAAUAGGAGGUGAUGAAGAAUCUGAAGAUGAAUUUACAGGCAUUUGUAGAGCUGUUGCUGCUGAUCUUCAUGAUGAUGAUGAUGAUGAUGAUGAUGAUGAUGAUGAUGAUGAUGGAGGGAAUGAAAAUGAUGAUGAGGAGGAUGAAGAUGAGGAUAGUGAGGAUGAUGAUGAAAGUGACAGUGGCCCCGAUCUUGCGAGGGGCAAAGGAAAUAUAGAAAGUAGUUCUGAAGAUGAAGAAGAUAUGGCAUAUUUACUUCCAGAGGAAUCUGGUUUUGAGCAUGCUUGGAGAGAAUUAGAUAAAGAUGCUCCUCGGGCUGAUGAGAUUACGCAUCGAUUAGCAGUUUGCAACAUGGACUGGGAUAGAUUGAAGGCAAAAGAUUUGCUGGCUUUGUUCAAUUCAUUUAAACCUAAAGGAGGUGUUAUAUUUUCUGUAAAGAUAUAUGCUUCAGAAUUUGGAAAGGAGAGGAUGAAGGAAGAGCAAGUUCAAGGACCAGUAGAGUUAUUAAGCAUUCCUGAAGAUGCCCCUGAAAAGGACUGGACCUGUAGAGAAAAACUGAGAGAUUAUCAAUUCAAACGACUGAAGUACUAUUAUGCGGUAGUAGACUGUGAUUCUCUUGAAACAGCCACUAAAAUUUAUGAGGAUUGUGAUGGCCUGGAAUUCGAAAGUAGUUGCUCGUUCAUAGAUCUCAGGUUUAUACCAGAUGAUAUUACUUUUGAUGAUGAGCCCAAGGAUGUAGCCUCAGAAGUGGAUUUAACAGCAUAUAAGCCAAGAUAUUUCACAUCUGCUGCAAUGGGAACAUCAACGGUGGAGAUCACUUGGGAUGAGACAGAUCAUGAAAGAAUUACAACACUCAACAGGAAGUUUAAAAAGGAAGAGCUUUUGGACAUGGAUUUUCAAGCCUACUUAGCUUCCUCUAGUGAAGACGAAGAAGAGAUAGAAGAGGAGCUACAAGGUGAUGAUGGAGUCAGUGUAGAAGAAGGUGGGAAAACAAAAAGAAGCCAGAAGGAUGAUGAAGAACAAAUUGCUAAAUAUAGGCAGCUCUUGCAAGUUAUUCAAGAAAAAGAAAAGAAAGGCAAAGAAAAUGAUAUGGAAAUGGAAAUUAAGUGGGUUCCAGGCCUUAAAGAAAGUGCAGAAGAGAUGGUCAAAAACAAAUUGGAAGGAAAGGAUAAACUGACCCCCUGGGAACAAUUUUUAGAGAAGAAGAAAGAGAAAAAAAGACUGAAAAAGAAACAAAAGGCUCUUGCUGAAGAGGCCAGUGAAGAUGAAGUUCCCUCUGAUGUUGAUAUGAAUGACCCAUACUUUGCCGAAGAAGCUAAAAAAAUAGGUAUAAAAGAAAAGAAGAAAUCAACAAAAUCUGCAAAAGAUGGCACAUCUCCAGAGGAACAAGCUGAACUAGAAAGACAAAAGGCUGAAAUGGCUUUGCUCGUGAUGGAUGAGGAGGAAGAGAGCAAGAAACACUUCAAUUAUAACAAGAUUGUGGAGCACCAGAAUCUGAGCAAAAAGAAGAAAAAACAGCUUAUGAAGAAGAAGGAAUUAUUGGAGGAUGACUUUGAGGUCAAUGUUAAGGAUGCACGGUUUCAGGCAAUGUAUACUUCCCACUUGUUCAAUUUGGAUCCUUCAGAUCCUAAUUUCAAGAAAACAAAAGCUAUGGAAAAAAUCCUUGAGGAGAAAGCCCGUCAGAGAGAACAAAAAGAACAAGAACUUACUCAGGCAAUAAAGAAAAAAGAGAGUGAAAUUCAGAAGGAAUCACACAAGAGAUCCAUUGAUCCUGCCUUGUCAAUGUUGAUUAAAUCUGUAAAAAACAAAACAGAGCAGUUUCAAGCAAGAAAAAAGCAAAAAGUCAAAUAGAUGUAUGUUGUUUCUUUUUGGUUUGAGAAUGUAUAAAGUAUACAGAAGUGAUGGAAGGAAUACUUAUUGGGAAUAGUGCUAUACCUUUCAAGAAUAUGAAUAAAAACUGACUGUUGUAAAAUUUAUUUUCUGUAUAUAACAGUUAGACCUAAUUGUGUAUGAUUGAUAGAUUUGUACUGUGUAUUUCCACAGAUUAAUCAUAAUUAAUCCAGAUUAUAGGAUGUAUAAAAUUUUUAUAUUUAUUACUCUGCUAGCUUUUUUUAAAGACUGUUUAUAAUUCUAUGUAAAAAAUAGAGGAGUGACCAAGUCUUAAGUCUGAAUAAGAGUUAGGAACAACUUGAAAAUAUGUAUAUGCAAUACAUUAACUUAUCUGGAAGCAGGAGGCAGAUUUAGAUACUUGUUUAAAUAAUUUAUAUUUCUAGCCAUAAUGAAUAGAAGCCAAUAACUUUCUUUGUUGUUUGGUCAUGUUUAUUAUAGUUUAUUAAUUUGUAAAUAAAAAUUUUUACUAUUUUGUAUAGCACUGAAUUCAUUUUAUUCACCUCCAGUAAACUACUCUCUGGAAAAAUAUCUGAAAAACUAACUCUUUAAGAGGACAACUCCAUGGAAAGGCAGUUCCAGGUCUGCAUUGUUCAUAAUUAUAUUUGAAAUGUUCGUGAGCUCUGCAAUGAUUUUUAUGUUUGUAGUAACAGAAAAUUCUGUCUGCCCUUCAGAGUUUUGGAAUGCUUGGAAGGAUGGGUAUGCUGCUAUAGAGUUUAAGGAAUCUUAAUUCUUUUUAAAAUUAAAUUAAAACACACCUUCAAAGCCUUAAUACUCCUGGAUUUCAUCUGGUCUAGGUUUUGUAAACUAUUAACUGACCACUUAGAAGAAUUAGGUGUGCUGUAUAAAUAAAUGAAAAUAAAAACCAAAAUAAUCACUUGGAAUGAAUGAUAAAUAUGGUAGCUUCUGAAAGGCAGUAGGCGUUUGGCCAGGUUUGUGGUUAAUAGUAAACUUAACAUUAUUGGUACAAAAAUUCAAGCCUGCCAACGUAGUAUAUUUUCAAGAAUAAAAGGAUGUAAGACUCAGAAUGAUAUCAAGAUAAUAAGGGCAUAUGAACAGUCUAUGGAAGGGGAAGGAAAAAAGAGGAUAUCUAAAAUUGCUCAUAAUAACAGAAAAAUGCAGAGUAUCGUGUGGGGAAUGGUGUUGUUUUUUUUUUAAACAUCUUUAUUGGAGUAUAAUUGCUUUACAAUGGUGUGUUAGUUUCUGCUUUAUAACAAAGUGAAUCAGUUAUACAUAUGUUCCCAUAUCUCUUCCCUCUUGCGUGUUCUUAUCAUAAAGUGCUAAUAACAUUGUUAGAUAAUUCAGCCAAAUAAAGCAGUAAUUGUGUACUCAUCACUAGAAGAUCAUGAAUCUUAAUAUAUUUUUGAAUAUAGUCUAUAAUUGUGUAAUUAUUCAUAUUUCAUUUUCAUGCAAGGAAAAAGACUUUAAACUUUAAUCAGUGUGGGGAUUACUCAGUUUGAUUUUAAGAUUCCUGCGAAACUUACUCUUGGUUUUUUAAUUGGUUUGGUUUGGUUUGGAUUUUCAUUUUUGAGCCCUUUGUUGUUAAAUCACUGUAUUUAAUUGUAAAUCUCAUUUUACUAGUCAGGCACAUGAUUGAUUAUAGCAAAUAAAUUGAGCAUAUAAGC